AUGAUUCUGCAUUGGAUUGACAGAAUGGAACACAAUUUCGAGCCAUUGAAGAACGACUUACUGCUUCGUGCAGCACGCGGCGAGGUUGUCGAGCGUCCACCUAUGUGGGUGAUGCGACAAGCCGGUCGCUAUCUUCCCGAAUACCAUGAAGAAAAGGGUGGUCGCGACUUUUUCGAAUGCUGUCGUGAUCCCGAGGUAGCCUCGAACCUGACCCUUCAACCGAUCGACCGUUACGCCGGACUCAUCGACGCCGCUAUCAUAUUUUCCGAUAUUUUGGUUAUACCGCAGGCCAUGGGAAUGACAGUCGAGAUGGUAGAUAAGAAGGGUCCGCAUUUCCCGGAGCCUCUCAAGUCUCCCGAGGACGAGCAAUACGGCAUGGUCAUGGAGCGCAACGUUGACGUCGCUGAGGAGCUCGGCUAUGUCUAUAAAGCCAUUACACUUACACGUCAAAAGCUCAAGGGUCGUGUGCCCUUGAUUGGCUUCUGCGGUGCGCCGUGGACGCUUUUUUGCUACAUGGUCGAGGGCGGUGGUACCAAACUCUUUGCACAGAGCAAAACAUGGAUCUACAGGUACCCUGAGGCGACUAAGAAGCUUUUGGCCAAAAUUUCGGAUAUCUGCGUGGACCAUCUAGCUCUGCAGGUCAAGGCAGGUGCUCAAGUUGUCAUGGUAUUUGACUCGUGGGCCGGAGAACUUGGACCGGAUUCUUUCAGCAAGUUCUCAGAGCCAUACCUUGCGCACAUUGCACAGAAGCUGCCUGGUAAGCUCAAGAGCCUCGGCCUUGAGCCUGUUCCCAUGACUGUAUUCCCUAAAGGCGCUUACCAUGCCUUGGACAAGGCAUGCAACCUGGGUUACAACGUUGUCGGUCUUGACUGGCUGCAUGAUCCUGCUGAGGCUGUGAAAAUCCGCGGCGACCGCAAUGUCGUCUUUCAGGGCAACGCUGAUCCGGGCAUUUUGUAUGGCACGAAGGGCGAAAUUACUGAGGCUGUCCAGCGCACUGUGGACGGCUUCUGGAGCGGUAAAAAGAAGGGCUGGAUCGCCAAUCUGGGACACGGCAUCACUCCUGGUGUCAACCCUGAUAACCUGAAACACUUUUUCGAAGAGAUUCACCGUCUUACUAAGGAAACCCAUUUUUAA